AUGUCUCAACCAGGUCCCGCGAGCGACGCCGGCAAGGAGCUGAAGCUCCUGCAUUACAUCUAUGAACAGCCAAAUCUGGAUGAAAUCCGCGGCCAUCCCCAAAAGGUCCUCGAUCUGAUUCACGAGUUUGAGAAAAACUACCAUUUUAUGAACGUCGGCGCCGAGAAGGGCAAAGUCGUCACCAAACUCAUCGAUGAACUCAAGCCAAAGACCAUGAUCGAGCUCGGCUGCUACGUGGGGUACUCUGCGAUUCUAUUCGGCGACGCAGUUCGUCGAAACGGUGGCGAACGCUAUCUGAGUCUAGAACUGAACCCAGAGUUCGCCGCAAUCGCCAAUAUGCUCAUCGAGCUGGCUGGACUGCGUGACUUUGUGCGUAUCAUCGUCGGGCGAAGCGACAAGUCGCUGCACAAACUACUCACCUCGGGCGAGGUGAAGAAAGUGGAGCUUCUCUUCAUCGAUCAUUACAAACCGGCGUACACCACAGACCUCAAGCUGUGUGAGCAUCUCGGGGCUAUUGUGCCGGGUUCGGUGCUCGCUGCUGACAAUGUCAUCUACCCGGGCAACCCACCAUAUCUGGAAUACGUCCGUAGCACGGUCGAACAGAAGCGCGAAGCGGCGAAGGCCGGGCCUGCGCAGGCGUAUAAUACUACCGGGAUGGCCGAACGCACGGUAGAGUCCUUUGUGGGUAAAGAUGACGUGCCGACUUUCCAGUUUGUCGGGAACCCCAACUUAAUAUAUGAGAGCCAGCUAUGUCAACCCGAGGGAUUGCGGGAUGCUGUCGAGGUUACGAGGUGCGUGGGGGUGCAAGAGGCUUAG